AGAGAGAGAGAGACAGAGAGAGAGACAGAGAGAGAGAGAGAGAGAGACAGAGAGACAGAGAGAGAGUGGCAGUUGCCGGUCGGUGGAUAUUAGCGGUUUGAUUUAAAUGGCAAUAAGAGUCCAGGCUCCAGCCUCACAGUCAUACAGACAGAGGAAUGACUCAUGGAUCAUCAAGCAGCUAGGCCUCUCUCUAUUGCUGAAGGGAACACUUAGGGUGCAUCCCAAAUGGCAGCUUACGUAGUGCACUACUCUUAUGGAUCCUAUGGGUCCAGAAGUAGUGUGCUAGAAAGGGAAUGGGGAGGGUGCCAUCUGGGGCGCAGACUAGAAGAGGCCAGGCAAGUAAUAAUGACAGCUUCUUGUUCUUUAUUCCUUUAUUUUACCCCUCCUCUCCUCUUCACUCCGUCUACCUGGCUAUAGUGCAAGUCCUCCACUCCUCUCCUCUGCCUGAUCUGCCGGGCAAUAGUUCUAGUCCUCCACUCCCCAGGCCAAAUCGUGACAGUUCAAUAAUGCCAAACUAUUCCUGGAAUGUCAAGCUAACGCCUCAGCAAGAAGCAGCCUGACUGUGCCUGUAUAAGAUGCACUGGAACCCGGAGCAUGCCCAGUCCCUCAGCCAGUGGCCUGAGCAGCACCUGGAUGUGUCCUCCACCACCUCCUCGCCGGCCCACAAGUCCGAGCUGUACACCGCUGGCCGAACCCACGCCCGAGGAGGCUCCACCCACGGCUACGCCUGGGCCAAUGACGACAUUGGUGCCCUAACCGCCUCCAAUCUGCUAAAGAGCUAUGCAGAGAAGUACUCUGGUGUUCUAGACUCACCCUACAACCGUCCACCGGGGCCCACUGUAGGGGCCUACCCAGAGCCAGGGGCCUUCGGUGGCCUCAAUGGCCUCAAGACUGAGCUGGAGCCCUGGCCCCUGAGCCACAGUGCGGAGGGGCCCUACCCCGGGUCCCUGGAUGGUCUGUCAGGCCCCAAGGCUGGGGCCACAUCAGCAGGGCCCCCAGGGGCCAGCAGUGUGUCAGUGGUCAACAGUAACCUCUCAGACUCUGGAUAUAGUGGUAGCAGCUCCUGCUCUGGGUCUCACUCUGGUGACUACAACCCCCCCAGCUACAACGGUACCUACCUCUCGUCUGGGUACUGCCCCGGGCCCCUGCCUGGCUCAGCACUUCCCCCCGCCUCCCUCCACCACCCCCUCCAGCCCACGCCCACCCUGGUGCCCAGCUACUCGCCCUCCACCCAAGUUUACAGCUACCCGCCAAGCAGCUACCCCCACCAGCCUAGCCUGGCCCCCGCUUACAGCCACCCCUCUGCAGGGUACUUACACUCCGGGCUGGCCACCCCUACUCCUCUCCCCUCCCGGACCACCGUAGUCGGGGGAAGCUACAGCUACCAGGAGUCUGGAGGUGGGGUGAAGAGGAAGGCAUUUGACAUGUCAUUGGAAGAGGAGGGGGAAGGUUCUCGAUACAGGAAGUAUUCAGGCUACGACCCAAUGAAGUCCGGAGGAGGAGGGGACUCUCUCUCUCCCUACAGCAUGGGGGAUAAAGGAAACAUCAGAUUCACCACAGGCAGCACAGAUCCCCUGGCAUUUAAGCCCAGUAAGCCCUCCUCCCAGCCCCUGGUGUCCCCUCCCUAUAUGGUGGCUGUGGCAGGGGAGAACAGCCCGGCAGCAGGGAUGACUGGAGAGAACGGAGGAGGAGGAGGGUCAGAAAACCAGGGCUUCUCCCACUCCCAGCAGCAACAGCAGCAGCACCGCUCCUCCCAGGCUCACAACCAGAAACGCCCCUCCAUCCACGGCCAAGGCCAGCCUGGGUCUGGACCAGGGGAGACAGCCAGCCUGAAGAGUCCAGACCCCAUGGUUCUGGAUCUAGUCAACGGGGAAGUGCUGGACUGCAGCCCAGCCCUGCUAUGGGGGGAGCUGGCUGGGCUGACCCACGUCAAAGCUGCCCUGGAGGAGGAGCUGUUGUGGCCCUGUCUAAGGCCCAGCCCCACCAUCCUCCCCCCAGCCACCGUGCUGCUGUUCGGCCCCCGGGGAAGCGGGAAGACCACCCUGGCCCGCUCCAUGGCCGCCCAGCUGGGGGCCUCCUUCUAUAGGCUCAGCGGGGCCAUGUUAGCUUCUAAAGGCAAGGUGGAUGCCGAGGGGAUCCUGGGGGCCACGCUGCAGGUGGCGGGGGCGAGACAGCCUUCUGUUGUGCUGCUCAGUGAAGUGGAGGCUCUGGAGGAUGAGGAGGGUCUGAGGCAGGUGUUGCUAUCCGCCCUGGAGAAGGCCCAGAUGGGGUUAGGGUCGGCGGGGGGAGCCCCUGGGCUGGUGAUCGUGGUGUGUACCACCGGCAGGCCAGACCUGCUCCAGGAUACGGUGCAUCGGAGCUUCGCCAAGCACUACCACGUGGGCCUGCCAGAUGCGGGGAUGCGGAGACAGGUGCUGCUGCAGGCGCUAGUGCCCCAGGGAUGUUCUCUCAGUGACAGGGAGCUGGGGGCUGUACUGCAGCGGUCAGAGGGCUUCUCUGUGUGGGAGCUGCUGCAGCUCUGCCAGCAGGCCCUAUCCUCAGCAUCCUCCUCGGGCCCUCAGGGGCCCUUACAUAGCCUUUCAGGACAGGCUACGGGGCCCCCAGCCCUCAAAGACUUUGAGAACGCCUUCUGCAAGGUGCGUCCGCAGUCGCACGCCACCCCGAAAGAACUGGACACUUGUAUGGAGUGGAGCAAGGUGUACAGUCAAUGAGGAGGAAGGAAGGCAGGGAGACAGCCACUGUAUGUAAUAUAAUGUAGGGGACUGUGAAUGUAAACCCUGUCUUCACUUUUGACAUGAUGACAAGUCUUGGGAAUGUUUUACUGUUUAGUUUUUGUGUAAUUACUUAUUAU